AUGCAAGAUGAGGAAUUGCAAACGCUUACAGCUUCUGAGCCGCUGACGCUUUCGGAGGAGUACGCUAUGCAGUCCUCGUGGCGACGGGAUGCAGAUAAGUUGACUUUCAUCAUCUGCACUUCGCCACACACACCGCAAGCACUGUCGGAUGUCUCUAUACCUAUUAGAGUCACUGGCAAGAUAGACGACACGCCCAAUCGUAUGAUUGGGGAUGUGAACCUGUUUUUGUACCCGUCCGAGGACUGUAACGAUGGCGCAGGGGAACAAGGCAAACACGAGACUGGGGAGAUGGACGCGGUGGGCGAGUUGGAGAUAAUGAUUGCCCGGCCUGACGCACGAGGAAAAGGGCUAGCAAAAGAAGCCCUACAGGCGUUCAUCUGGUACAUAUCUACCUCGCUGCCAGCCAUCCUGGACGAGUACGCGAAGGGAGCCAACAACAAAGACAAGCCCAAGUCUCUGAGCUACCUCCGUGUCAGAAUCGACAAGGACAACAUCCCGAGCCUCAGUCUGUUCAAAACGUUGGGCUUCAGCCAAGUUAGCGAACCUAAUUACUUUGGGGAAGUGGAGCUACGGUCAGAGGUUGCAAGGCACGGGAUAGACAAAGCUUGUUUGUUGGCAAAAAGCGUCUCGUACGAAGACUGA